UUCGUUCUUAACUCCGCAGAUACCCCCCGAUUGAUUAUGCCCAAGUAAUUCUAGUUGUAGGAGACCCCCCUUCCGGUUCCGCCCUUCACCUCACCCAUACGUGUGCGUGAUUUCGCUUUAUUUAUCUAUCAAUUCCUUCGUUCUGCUUCUGCCAAUACGAGCUGGAGCUUUCCUUCCUUUCUACAAUAUCACUAAGCAAAACUGGCAAGGAAUAACAUGGCGAUACAUUCAUCUCUUCCCGGCACUUGUGAGCAGGGCGCUCAGCGCCCCAAUUCCGCUGCACUCGAGCUGGAACGGUCGGUAGCCGCCGACCCGACCGUCGCCACGCUACUGGCCUGGUCCAAAGAUCCCGCAGAGAUUGAACUAGUCUGGGCGAGAGAAGAUUUGCUGGCAAAAGUUUUCAACAGAAAGAACGCAAGCUGUGAGCUAGUGCGCUCAGCCGAGGAGUACCAGCAGGCGGCGACCCUAGGACGGAACUUGGCAGCCAACGUGGCUAGGGAAGUGCAGGAAAACGCUGAGGAGAUAAGGAGAGACGUCGAAGGGUUUUCUUAUCAAACACGGAUCGCGGCCUCUCGGGAUCGGGAUCAAGCAAAAACAGAAGCAGAUCAUGAAGCUUCACCAGGUGGUGCGCGAUCUAUUGGAGAGAGACUUUUUCACAGGCUUGAUUCUGUUGUCGGGAACGGUUUCCGGCUGUUCUUGGAACGGUGCGAAACGUUUGAUACUGAUACAGGAACAUUUUCGCAAGAUCGCGCUAAUGAACACUCAACGGAACUGCAAUCAGGCUUGAAUCUGCCAGCCCGGAAAGCCCUUCUGUUUUGGUGGAUGCAGAUGGAAUUAGCCCACCAUUUGUUUUCGUCGACUACUUCGUCCCCAGUGGCUGCGAGGACUCGUGCAGAGCAAGAACGGCCGUGGCCGACCCCGCCAUACUGCUACAUCAGCAGCAGCCUGGAACACGACCACCGGCGCUUCCUCGUGCGCGGGUGCGGGAUCCACUUUGUGAAUGUCUUCUUCCGGGUGCUGCAGCUCUUGCCUCUUCAAGACUUCGUGCAAGAAGGCAGAGGCACAAUGUCCGAUCACGACAUAAACGCUUGUUUUCUUCAACCGAAGCACGCCGCUGCUGUCUUGGCUUUCGCCGUUUUGUACGAGCAAAAGCGUAUUUUAGAUGUCGGGAUUGGCGCAGAUUGCGACGAUGUCGUGGAGUUCUUCUUUGAAAACCUUGAGGUGCUUACAAUGCUUUUGCAGCAGUCAUCAAUCUAUACACGCCACGAGGACCUGUCUGACAGAGAAUACGCACCAGCCCUGACUGAUGCGGUGCGGCAUUUUCUCGGCCUACCAGCAGAUCACGACAUUGCGCACGACCGUGCAACAUGGACCCACGUGACAACUUGGCUGUGGCAAGUGAUGACGCUAGACGGCUUUCCCGCCAGAAUCGCGGAUGAUAUCGCGUGCUUGGGGAAGGGGGAAGAACGUCUUCUAGAAGAAAGGGGCGGCUCCAGUGCCGUUGCGUCAUCGUCCAAAGAAAAGCGAGCCUCUCAGGAUGUUGAGAGCAGUAAGCUGUACGCACUGCAAUUCUUGCGACACGUUGCGGAGGCAACAGUCGUAGACAGGCUAACGAUGGUAGCGCUUCCGCAACUUGGCCUGGCCGAGGACCAGAGCAGCAAGACUCCGGCGGAGUCAAAUGGUGACCUCCAAGUAGGCGCAUCGGAGGAAACAGCCCCAGCACGACCUUUCUUGGAAGUCGAAGCGCUGGAAUUCCUUUGCGGCGUGAUCGCGAAUCUUGAGCGGGCCUGGCCGGAAGUGUCGCCUAGCACCCGCGCGGAGCUGCGAAGGGUGCUCAACAGCCUGGAGGCAGCGAUUUUCGACCUCCUGGGCCGCCUGCUGCAGGUGCGAGACGCAGAAGUGCUGGAAGCGGUUAACAAGGGCGCUAGGGCUUCAAGUACUGGUCAAGGUGCUCAUACUAUUCAAAAUCCGGAGGACGAAGAACAAGAAACUGAAACAGAAGUACGGGAGAAGGGCCAACAGCAAAAUCCGUACGUCAUGUCCGAAGAGGAGACGCAGAAGACUCUGCGCGACGUGGUGCGGAAGAAAGAGCAAUUCCGCGGUUACAAGGACUUUCUGAGGUACGCGAAGCAAAUUCACCUCCCAGUGGUGCUGCGGCUCGCGGGGCUUCUCUUACGCGAGCAAGUGGGAAGCUGCACCGCUGAGGGAGUAACGCAGGUGCAAAGCCGUCCUGACACGGUGGCAGCAACCAAGAGCGAAAUAGAGCAGGAUCAACAGGUCUGUGAUGACGAGCACCAAAAAUUGCUGCUCACUGAGGUUGUGCCAGAAUCCGUAGCGAAGGAAAUUCUCGGUCCCCGGCCGGAAAUGCCGGUGGAGCAGGGCUCUACCCCUUUGGUGCCCGCCAAACCGACCUACAUGUCCCGUGGCAGAACUGCCCCAGAGGACAAGUUGAUGAAGCUCCUGUCUUUCUGUUACUCCGACACGGUGCUGCCGACGCUGAAGGAGAACGCCAUCUUUGCGGUCAGGAACGUGUCCGACGGAAAUUUGGCGAAUCAAGAGGCCAUCCGCCGACUGCUCGCGACAAAAGACGCUUAGGGAGCUACAAGUGACACUCAGGCCGCUCAAGGCUGAGGCACUGAGUUCCCUUCUAGGUUUCGCCAUGUCAAAUUCAAAAGCAAAACCCGCGACAGAACAGAUGAAUAAUGACAAACAGCGACAAGUAAUUCGCUGCCGUGUAAGUUCCCUUGUGCGGCAGGCGACAACAACAGC